AUGCAUGCUGCCCCCGGCCACAGGCUGCCCCUUGCCACGCUCCUCCUCUGCCUCCUCCUGCAGCAGCCGGGCAGCAGCAAGGCAUGGAAGCAGCAUGCCCCGCGCCUUCGCCUCGCCUACAAAGAUCUGCUGAAAUCCAACAGCUCUCGCCUGUUGCUGGCCUCAGGGGAUGGGCUGGAUUUCCAAGCCCUCUUGGUGGAUGAAGACAGGGCCUGGCUGAUGGUGGGAGCAAAAAACCACAUCUUCCUGCUCCACCUGGAUCAUCCCAGCAGAGAGCCUGAGAAGAUUUUCUGGCCAGCCUCCAGGGAGCAGGUUGAGCAUUGCCAGCUGGCGGGGAAGAACAUAGAGACGGAGUGUGCCAACUUCAUCCGCCUCCUCCAGCCCUUCAACAGGAGCCACGUGUUCGCCUGCGGGACUGGCUCCUACCAGCCUGUCUGUGCUUUCAUCCAGCUGGGAGCCAGGGGGAAGGGUCCCGGGGCUCCCCCCAUGCGGUUGGUGACCCACUCCUUGGAAUCGGGGCGAGGACGUUGCCCAUACAGCCCCCAUGAACCCUUCACGGGACUCCUCAUUGAUGGGGAGCUGUAUUCAGGCACCUCCAGUGACUUCAUGGGCAGCAGCGCUGCCUUCUUCCGGACCUGGGUCCAUGGGGCUGAGCAGAGCUACAUCCGGACAGAGCAGAACCAGGACCACUGGCUACACGAGCCUGCGUUUGUCGGUGCCUACGCCAUCCCCGAUACCUACAACCCCCACGACGACAAGGUCUACAUCUUCUUCCGUGAGACGGCCAUGGAGGCUGGGCAGUGGGAGAGGCGGCACAUCCAUGCCAGGGUGGCCCGGGUCUGCAAGAACGACGUUGGAGGGAAGCGCAGCCUUAUCAACCGCUGGAGCACGUUCCUCAAGGCCCGCCUGGUGUGCUCCAUCCCUGGGCCCCAGGGCACUGAGACCCACUUCGACCAGCUCGAGGAUGUUUUCCUCUUGCGCACCCGGGACCCCCAGAACCCCCUCGUCUUCGGCCUCUUCACAGUCUCCAGCGGUGUCUUCAGCGGCUCUGCUGUCUGCGUCUACUCCAUGGCUGCUGUGAGAGCUGCCUUCAGUGGCCCCUUUGCUCACAAGGAGGGAUUCGACUACCGCUGGACAGAAUACAAAGGCCGCGUCCCCUAUCCCCGUCCUGGCACGUGCCCCAGCGAGACGUAUGACCCCCUGCUGCAGUCCACCAAGGACUUCCCCGACGAGGUGAUCAGCUUCAUGCGCACCCACCAGCUGAUGUGGGAGCCCGUGUACCCGCAGGGUCGCCAGCCUGUCCUGGUGAGGGUCAACGUACCUUACCGGCUGGGGUCCUGCUGGCUUGGGUGGCUCCCAGCCCUGACAGCUCCUUCUCCUGCUGCGUUCACAGAUGAAGGUAAAGUCCUGAAGGUGGGGCUGGCCAGCGGGGUGAGCCACGGCACUGAGGUGAUCAGCCUGGAGGAGAUCAGCGUCACUAAGGUGCCUUCUCCCAUCUUGGACAUGAAGUUAUCACCGAAGCGGCAGGAGCUGUUUGUGAGCAGCACCCACGGGCUGCUCCAGCUCUCCCUCUACCGCUGCGAGCUCUACGGCAAAACCUGCACUGACUGCUGCCUGGCCAGGGACCCCUACUGCACCUGGGACAGCAAGACCUGCGCCCCACACCUGCUCACUGAGAAGAGGUGA